CUUUACCUGGCAUUAGAGAUUUAUAAUUAAGAUUAUGUUUAAUGUUUUUCCCCUGUAAUUCAACUUCUUGGCAUGGAAUCUUCAUAGUACUUAUGUAAAAACGUUGAGUAGAACUAACACCGUUAUCUUACCCUUCAGUGCUAAACUCGAUAAACUUGUACGCUUAAAACAUGUCAUGAAUGUGAAUGUCGCUUUCUUUGUAAUGUGACAGAAAAAAUAUAACCAUGUUGUAAUAUACAUCAAGAUUUGCUUAGACAGUAGUACGCAACAGCCAAUUGGGUUGGGCAAGUGAUUUACGGUUUAGGUUCUUAUCAAUGACCAUAACCUCUUGAAGCUAGUUGGCAUUGAGUUCAAGAUAUUGGCAUUGAAUACAGCCUUAUCAAUCUGUUAUAUGCGAACACAUGGAUGAAAUUAUUUACUUGUGUGCCUUUCAAGUGAUCUAGAGUGAAUUUUCAUGAAUAUAAUUCAUAUAGGCUUACUGGUAGGUGAGAGCUCCCAAAAGUAGUGGCCUGAUGUCAAACUGAAUUGGGCCAUGUCGGUAUGAAGUGGUAACUAGCUCAUUGCUACUAUGAAUUUCUGAAAACAAUUCCCAUUUGAAGAAGUAAAUUUAGAAUAUUGACUAAAGACUUUGUAGUAAAGACUAAAGAGUCUUUUCCGAUAUGGAAGCUAAAAGAAGGAUGAAUUUAUGAAAUGCAGCCAAAGUCUAUAAAACAGAAGGGAAACUGAGUAGUCACAAAACCCUAUGAUGUAUUGCUAAAUCACAUAUAAUGCAGUUACUAGACGAAUCAUCUGUAAUUUAAGUUAUUUUGUUCACCAACUCGUUUUUGUAGCUGUGUAAGUUACUAUCCAUUUUUUGCACUUGCCUCGAUCUAUUAUGUACUAUGCUUUGUCUUCUAUUAGAUAAGUUCAAAAAUUGUGCCUCUGAUUUUCAACAAUUUGUUUCCAAGUUCUUCUUCUGGAUAUCCACUUUUGUCCCUUUUGCUUUUGGUGAACUGGUAGGUUUAUUCUUAUUUGUGCCUGAAACGUGGAUCAAUAUUGCUCUGUCCUGUCCAUCUGGGCUUCUAAAUGGUUAUUCAUUAAAUCUAUGUUGCAACAUGUUUCAAACAUCAAUGAGGUUGUAUCACUUCCAGACUUCUAUGCAAAUCUCCUGCAACAAAAUUUUCAGUAAGGUCACCGAUCUCUCUGAGUUAAUAUUUGAAGCUAGAUCAUCAAGAGACAAUGCUUGGUAUGAUGUUGCUGCUUUCCUCAACUACAGAGUUCUUAGUACUGGUGAACUUGAAGCGCGCGUAAGAUUUUCUGGGUUUCGUAAUACAGAUGAUGAGUGGGUCAAUGUGAAAAGAGCAGUACGAGAACGAUCUAUUCCCUUAGAACCUUCAGAAUGUCACAGGGUGAAAGUUGGAGAUCUUGUACUGUGCUUUAGGGAGCGCUUUGAUCAAGCAGUCUACUGUGAUGCACAUGUGGUGGGAAUCCAAAGGCGACCACAUGAGGCUGCAAGCUGCAGAUGCAUCUUUGUUGUUCGUUAUGACCAUGACAACACCGAGGAAGCUGCUCAAUUAGAGAGGUUGUGCUGCAGACCGACGCAAUAGAUUUGGCCUGCUGAACGUCCAAGAAGAGAGAUGUCUCCAAGGGCAAUCCAGUAAAGACUUGAGAUGGUGUCUUGAGUUAAAAAAACUUGCUCCUUUACCGUGGAGCUCUUUUAAAAUCCGAAGUGCCAGAAAACAGAAAGGAAAAGAGAAAAACAAAAGGCACCGAGUCGUUUGCAAUGAAAUUGCAAAAGGAAUGCAAUCUUGGCACAAGCUUCUAUCUCUACAGAGUAAUCCUUAAUUUUUUGGUAUGUUCUUACAAUUCAAUGUCUUGAAUAUUUUGUGUUGAAAUGACAUCUAUUUUAAAGUCCAA